CUGCUGCAGUUACUUCCUAUUCAGUGAGCCUCUAAGAGCAUCAUGUCCGGCCGCGGCAAGCAGGGCGGGAAGGCGCGGGCCAAGGCGAAGACGCGCUCCUCUCGGGCCGGGCUGCAGUUCCCGGUGGGCCGCGUGCACCGGCUGCUGCGCAAGGGCAACUACGCCGAGCGGGUGGGCGCCGGGGCGCCGGUCUACCUGGCCGCCGUGCUGGAGUACCUGACGGCCGAGAUCCUCGAGCUGGCCGGCAACGCGGCCCGCGACAACAAGAAGACGCGCAUCAUCCCGCGCCACCUGCAGCUGGCCAUCCGCAACGACGAGGAACUCAACAAACUGCUGGGCAAGGUCACCAUCGCCCAGGGCGGCGUCCUGCCCAACAUCCAGGCCGUCCUCCUGCCCAAGAAGACCGAGAGCCACAAGGCCAAAGGGAAGUGAGCAAGCCCCUGCCAGCA